AUGCCAACCGAAGUGCCUGGUAUGCGGAGGAGCCCACUUAACCGGAACCAGGGACUGCCAGCGGCGCCUCAAGGACACCAAGGAGCUCCGCGGCCGCCAACAACCGCAUCAGCAGCAGCAAAAACGCCGAGGCCGAAGCCGCAGCCGCAGGCGCCGACCCAGAUGGCUGAGCUCGGAGGGCGAUCAAGCCAGCCGGAGCCGCUCGAGGAGCCGAGCCAGGAGCCAGUCGAGGAGCCAGUCGAGGAGCCAGUCGAGAGACCCAGCCAGGGACAGCUCCUUCCCACCACUGCAGCCUCCGCCCACGAGGGGGCAGCAGCAACACAAGGGACAACAACAUAUUAA